UCCUUUGGAGGGAAACACCCGCUUCGUGCUUCCGGUUUGGGCGCCGCAACUGGGAAAGAUGGCGACCGACACAGGACGAUACAGAGGAGCUGUCAACAAAAACAAAGACCCCUCUGGUCUUCUCAUUUCUGUCAUAAGGACUUUGUCCAACAGCGAUGACGUCCAGGACAGGGAGACUGAAAAAGGUCGUCUCGAGGAAGCUUUUGAAACAUGUGACCGGGAUCUCGAUGAGCUCAUCGUUCAGAAUUAUGCCGAGCUCACCACCGCCAUUAGGACGUACCAGAGCAUCACCGAGCGCAUCACCACCUCCCGUAACAAGAUCAAGCAGGUAAAGGAGAAUCUUCUGUCCUGCAAGAUGCUGCUGCACUGUAAACGUGACGAGCUGAGGAAGCUGUGGAUCGAAGGCAUCGAGCACAAGCACGUUCUGCAGUUAUUGGAUGAAAUUGAAAGCAUCAAGCAAGUGCCUCAGCGGCUGGAGGCUUAUAUGGCUAGCAAGCAUUACCUCCAUGCCACUGAUAUGCUGGUUUCCGCCGUGGAGUCCCUGGAGGGUCCCCUGCUGCAGGUCGAGGGCCUGAGCGACCUACGUCUGGAGCUGCACAGCAAGAAGCUCAACAUCCACCUGGUCCUCAUCGACGAGCUGCACCGGCACCUCUACAUCAAGUCCACCAGUCGCCUGGGACACAAGAAGGACCGGGACAAGAAUGCGGCACGCCUUCCCGGCUCUGUGAACAAAGAUACAUCUCCCAUGCCGGCGUUGGACAUCAGCGGCCUUUCCACGCCACGAAAACAUCUGGAUUCAUCGCAGUUCAGCACGCCAGGAUCAAGCAGCGUGCGGGAGCUUCAACAAGAUGCACGUGAGAACCAAGCAGACCUCCCUGAGAUUGACCCGGAGGAGAACAGUGCGGAGUUCAUGGGCAUCCUUAUAAAGGCUCUGGCCAAGCUGAAGAAGAUCCCAGAAACCAUCAAAGCCAUCAUGGAGCGACUGGAACCUGAGCUCAAGCAAAUAGCAAAGAGGUCCACCACACAGAUAGCGGACCACGCCUAUCAGAGAGGAGAAAACCUGGCUCAUGAGAGCCAACCAAGGCUGCUGUUGGAGCUGCUGGAGCUCCUCUUUGACAAGUUCAAGGCGGUGGCGCAGGCGCAUAGCGUGGUGCUGGCUCACCUGCAGCGGAUCGCCGUGCAGUGCCCCGCCGGCGCCCACGAAGAGGGCAUCAAGCUGUACGAGCAGGCUGACGUGUCCGCCAAGAUCCAGACGGUGCUGCAGGUUCUUCUCAUGGAGUAUCUGGACGUCAAGAACAGUCGCAGCACCACAGAGCCGUCGGCCCAGCUCGCCUACGCCAGCACGGGCAGCGAGUUCGCCGCCUUUUUUGCCAAGAAGAAGCCGCAGCGUGCCAAGCAGUCACUUUUCAAGUUUGAAUCCUCAUCCCAUGCCAUCAGUAUGAGUGCCUAUCUGAGGGAGCAGAGACGAGAGCUCUACAGCAAGAGCGGAGAAUUGCAAGGCGGCGCCGACGACAACCUGAUGGAAGGCGGAGAAAUGAAAUUUGUGUGUAAACCCGGAGCGAGGAACAUCACCGUCAUCUUCCAGCCUCUUCUCAGGUUCAUCCAUGAGAUCGAGAUGAACAUGGGGGCGGGCCAGGUCAAGCAGUGCCAACUCCGCACCUUCCUGACGUACUACAUCAACGACCUUUUCCUCAACCAGGUGCGAACGGAGAUCAACAAGGAAAUCGAGGCAGUGAGCAAGGCAGCCGACCCCUUGAAGAUCCUCGCCAGCGCCGACACCAUGAAGCUUCUGGGCGUCCAGAGACCCGUGCUCCAGAGCACGGUAGUGGUGGAGAAGUCCAUCCAGGAUUUAAUGAAUCUCAUGCAGGACCUGAGCGCCUACUCCAACCAGUUCCUGGAAAUGGUUUGCGACAAGCUGAAAGAGUACAAGGAGAUUUGCAACACAGCCUAUAGGGGGAUAGUCCAGUGUGAGGAGAAGUUGACCAUCAGUGCUUCCUGGUCCAAAGAUGAGGACAUCAGUCGCCUGCUUCAGUCCCUCCCAAACUGGGCCAACAUGGCCCAACCCAGACAGACUCGCCAGAAAAGAGAGGACGAAGAAGACUUUACCCGGGCGGCAUUCGCCAAGGAGUCGGAGGUACUGACAGGCAACCUCGGAGACAAGCUCAUCCCCCAGAACGAGAUCCUGCGUGACGUCAGCGACCUGAAGGCCCUGGCCAACCUCCACGAGAGCAUGGAGUGGCUCGCCGGCCGCCUGAAGACUUUCUUCGCCAGCCUGCAUCAGGGCUCCAGUUUGUCUCCGUGCUCAUCCGACAGUCACGCUUUGGGCGACGGCGAUCGCAGCAGGGACCAGAUCCUGCAGACCCUCGGGGACUUGUGCAGGUCCUUCCAGGACGUCGCCAACCGCUGCCUCCUGGUGCUGCACCUGGAAGUCAGGGUCCACUGCUUCCACUACUUGAUCCCACUGACCAAGCAGGGCAACUACGCCAUCGUGGCCAACGUGGAGAGCAUGGACUACGACCCGCUGGUGGUCAAGCUCAAUAAGGACAUCUCCGCCAUCGAGGAGGUGAUGGGGGCGGCCCUCCAGCAGCACAAGUUCCAGUACAUCUUUGAAGGUCUGGGUCAUCUGAUCUCCUGCAUCCUGAUCAACGGGGCGCAGUACUUCAAGCGGAUCAGCGAGUCUGGCAUUAAGAAGAUGUGCAGGAACAUCUUUGUCCUGCAGCAGAACCUCACCAACAUCACCAUGUCCAGGGAGGCGGACCUGGACUUUGCCAGGCAGUACUACGAGAUGCUCUACAACACGGCGGACGAGCUGCUCAACCUGGUGGUGGACCAGGGCGUACGUUACACGGAGCUGGAGUACAUCAACGCCCUCUCGCUGCUCCACCGCAGCCAGACGGGGGUGGGCGACCUGAGCACGCAGAACACGCGUCUGCAGAGGCUGAAGGAGAUCAUCUGCGAGCAGGCCGCCAUCAAGCAGGCCAGCAAAGACAAGAAGAUCACCACGGUGUGAAGCGACUCUCGCAAAUUACCUACCCGCAAUAAUGACGGCCAUUUUAGGGUGUGGAGGAGGAAGCUGUGGUUAAAAAUCGAAUCGUGUUUCAGCACUUUUGUACACGGAAAUCAUGCAAGUCAUAAGUAAUUCCCCCGUCACAUGACCACGCCAGCAAUUACUUCAUAAACUUGGAAGAAGAGUACUUAACCGAAGGAGGAGGGCUUGUCGAUACCUCAGUGGGCCCACCACCGCCGCCGCCGCUGCCGGUCCCCCCGAAGCCGACGCCACAAUCCAUCAUAUUGACACUUUGGCCCGGGAUCGAUGGGAAAACAGCUGCGGGUGCCCCCGAUGGAUUUGACUAAACUUGGCAUAAGCCCUUAAAAGCUGCUGCUUCGAUAACUCGAUACGUGGGAAACUUGAACAGAAUGUUAAUUUGCCGCGUCAUGUGACGGCGUCGCUUAUAAUGACAAACGUCACGCUGAAUAAUGGCCGUAAUCCAUCAUGCACUCCUUCUUUUGUUGUCCUUUAACACCUGCUGCAAGUACCAUUUUUACCAUCCAUAUAUAUACGUAUAUGUACGGUAAGUAUACAUGCAGUACAUCUGGAACAGGUUAAUCAUGCUGACUUGUCCCCUGAUGGUUCUUAAUGCAUAUGUCAUAUACAAACUAAUCAUAAUAAAAGGGUUUUAUUGCCCAGUGCUUUUUGCAAAGCGGGCCUUUUUCUUCUGUUGCAGGAAAGUAUCUGACCUUUUCCACAGGAGAUGGGAGGAUGACAGUUGGACAUGCAGUCAGACGGAAUCAAACGUGUGUCCUUUAUACUAAUUGUAUGUAUUUACAUUGACUUGAAGAAGUCUGGUUUUAUGUCUUUUAUUACAUUUAUAACACAUCGAUAUGUUAAUAUAUAU